CACCGGUGUGGCCGCAACGAGGAGGCUGCUGCGCAGGCCAGGGGCAGCUUCUUCAAGGUCACGGGCUGUGCCAGCCCCGACAUCUCGAGCCCCACGGUGUGCCGGGCCCACCGAGGCUGGGAGAACCGUUACGCUACUCUGGUGGCCGGCCUCCGUUCUCAGAGAGUACUGGCGGCGAGCGAGGGCUGUUUCCUGGAGGAGGCUGUAAGUACCUUGCUGGAGAGUUUAGCCACAAAGAGUUGCCAAGAUAGCCGGGCCAGGAAGAAAGCGCCGCAGCCCUGACCCAGCUGCUGUUGCCGACCCCGGGGCACUCUGGCUGUCAACCAAGCGGCUGAAGAUGUCUGGAGGGGCCAGUGCCACGGGCUCAAGGAGAGGGACCCCAGGACUGGAGGAGGCUACUAGUAAGAAGAAGCAGAAGGACCGAGCAAACCAGGAAAGCAAGGAUGGAGAUCCUAGGAGAGGGUCACUGUCCACUCCUCGAGAGGAACAGAUUAAAGAAGAGUUGUUGCUUGAUUGGAGGCAGAGUGCAGAUGAGGUGAUCAUCAAGCUUCGUGUGGGAACUGGUCCACUGCGGCUGGAGGAGGUGGAUGCUGCCUUCACAGACACAGACUGUGUGGUGCGGUUUCCAGGAGGUCAGCAGUGGGGUGGUGUCUUCUAUGCUGAAAUAGAAAGUUCUUGUACUAAAGUACAGGCCCGCAAGGGUGGUCUCCUGCAGCUGGCAUUGCCCAAGAAGGUGCCUCUGCUCACGUGGCCCUCUCUCCUGAAGAAACCUCUAGAGACCCAGGAACUGGCAACUGGUCUGUGGUCCCAAGAGAAUGGACAGGAGCUGUCUCCUGUUGCCCUAGAGCCAGGCCCUGAGCCCCGCCGGGCUAAGCAGGAGGCCCGGAACCAAAAGCGAGCCCAGGGUCGUGGUGAGGUAGGCUCAGGGGCCGGCCCUGGGGUCCAGGCAGGGCCCAGCGCCAAGAGGGCUGUGCAUCUCCGCAGAGGGCCAGAGGGGGAAAGGUCCAGGGAUGGCCCUGGACCCCAGGGUGAUGCCCCAUCCUUCCUGGCUGAUCCGGACACCCAGGUUGAGGCUAAGGAACAUCUCCAUGUACCACCACUGAACCCCAAAACCUGCCUUCUGGGCUCAGAGACAAAUUUAGCCCUUUUGUCAGGAGAGAAGGCAGUGUUUCCCAGGAAUGACACAGUCUCCUCAGCCAUAUCCCAAGUCAGAGACCCUGGGAAAGAUGGCUGUGUCAAAGAGGAUAUGGCAGGAGCUGCAAAUGUUACAGACUUGGCAGACGGUAAAGAGCCUGAGUCCAUGGUGAACCUGGCAUUUGUUAAGAAUGACUCAUACGAGAAGGGGCCGGAUUCAGUGGUGGUGCACGUGUAUGUAAAGGAGAUCCAAAGGGACACCUCUCGAGUACUUUUCCGGGAGCAGGACUUCACACUCAUCUUCCAGACCAGGGAUGGAAACUUUCUGAGGCUGCAUCCAGGCUGUGGGCCCCACACCAUCUUCCGAUGGCAGGUGAAGCUCAGGAACCUCAUUGAGCCAGAGCAGUGCACCUUCUGUUUCACGACUUCUCGUAUCGACAUCUGCCUCCAUAAGCGUCAGAGUCAGCGCUGGGGGGGCCUGGAGGCCCCAGCUGCACGAGGUGCAGUGGGUGGUGCAAAGGUUGCCGUGCCGACAGGUCCAACUCCUCUGGAGUCAGCCCCUCCAGGAGGUCCUCCACACCCCCUGACAGGCCAGGAGGAAGCCCGAACUGUGGAGAAAGACAAAGCUAAGGCUCGAUCUGAGGAUGUGGGGCUAGAUAGCAUGGCUGUCCGCACGCCCUUGGAGCAUGUAUCCACAAAGCCGGAACCACACCUGGCCUCGCCCAAGCCCACAUGUAUGGUGCCUCCAAUGCCCCACAGCCCUGUGAGUGGAGACAGUGUGGAGGAAGAAGAGGAGGAGGAGAAGAAGGUGUGUCUCCCUGGCUUCACUGGCCUUGUCAAUUUAGGCAACACAUGCUUCAUGAACAGCGUCAUUCAGUCUCUGUCCAAUACUCGGGAACUUCGAGAUUUCUUUCACGACCGCUCCUUUGAGGCUGAGAUCAACUACAACAACCCGCUGGGGACUGGUGGGCGUUUGGCCAUUGGUUUUGCUGUGCUGCUUCGUGCACUGUGGAAGGGCACUCACCAUGCCUUUCAGCCUUCCAAGUUGAAGGCCAUUGUGGCAAGCAAGGCCAGCCAGUUCACAGGCUAUGCCCAGCAUGAUGCACAGGAGUUCAUGGCUUUCCUGCUGGAUGGGUUACAUGAGGACCUGAAUCGAAUCCAGAACAAGCCCUACACAGAGACUGUGGACUCGGAUGGGCGGCCUGAUGAGGUGGUGGCUGCAGAAGCAUGGCAGCGGCACAAGAUGAGGAAUGACUCUUUCAUCGUGGACCUAUUUCAGGGCCAAUAUAAAUCCAAGCUGGUGUGCCCUGUGUGUGCCAAGGUCUCCAUCACUUUUGACCCAUUCCUUUAUCUGCCGGUGCCCUUGCCACAAAAGCAAAAAGUUCUUCCCAUCUUUUAUUUUGCCCGAGAGCCCCACUGCAAACCCAUCAAGUUCCUGGUGAGUGUUAGCAAGGAGAACUCCAGUGCAAGUGAAGUUUUGGAUUCACUUUCUCAGAGUGUUCAUGUGAAGCCUGAGAACCUGCGCCUGGCUGAGGUGAUUAAGAAUCGCUUCCACCGUGUGUUUCUGCCCUCCCAAUCCCUGGACACUGUUUCCCCAUCUGACACACUCCUCUGCUUUGAGCUGCUAUCCCCAGAGUUGGCUAAGGAGCGAGUAGUGGUGUUAGAGGUACAACAGCGCCCCCAGGUGCCCAGCAUCCCCAUCUCCAAGUGUGCAGCCUGCCAGCGGAAGCAGCAGUCAGAGGAUGAAAAACUGAAGCGCUGUACCCGGUGCUACCGUGUGGGCUACUGCAACCAGCUCUGCCAGAAAAGCCACUGGCCUGACCACAAGGGCCUCUGCCGCCCUGAGAACAUUGGCUACCCCUUUCUGGUCAGUGUACCUGCCUCACGCCUCACUUACGCUCGUCUCACCCAGUUGCUAGAGGGAUAUGCCCGAUACUCGGUGAGUGUAUUCCAGCCACCCUUCCAGCCUGGCCGGAUGGCCUUGGAGUCACAGAGCCCUGGCUGCACCACACUGCUCUCCACUAGCUCCCUUGAGGCUGGGGACAGUGAGAGGGAGCCUAGUCAGUCUCCAGAGCUCCAGUUGGUGGCCGAAGGAGACACAGGAGUUCCCCGAUUGUGGGCAGCUCCUGACCGGGGCCCUGUGACUAGCACCAGUGGAAUUUCUUCUGAGAUGCUGACCAGUGGGCCCACUGAAAGUAGUUCCUUGCCUGUUGGUGAGAGAGUGUCCCGGCCUGAAGCUGCUGUGCAUGGAUACCAACACCCAAGUGAAGCCAUAAAUGCCCACACACCCCAGUUCUUCAUCUAUAAAAUUGACGCAUCUAACCGAGAACAGCGGCUGGAGGACAAAGGGGAGACCCCACUGGAGCUGGGUGAAGACUGUAGCCUGGCUCUGGUUUGGCGGAACAAUGAACGCCUGCAGGAGUUUGUAUUGGUGGCUUCCAAGGAGCUUGAAUGUGCUGAGGACCCAGGCUCUGCUGGCGAGGCUGCCCGUGCUGGCCACUUCACCCUGGAUCAGUGUCUCAACCUCUUCACACGGCCUGAGGUGCUGGCACCUGAGGAGGCCUGGUACUGUCCACAGUGCAAACUGCACCGGGAAGCCUCCAAACAGCUGCUGUUGUGGCGCCUGCCCAAUGUGCUCAUUGUGCAGCUCAAGCGCUUCUCCUUCCGUAGUUUCAUCUGGCGUGAUAAGAUCAAUGACUUAGUGGAGUUUCCUGUUCGGAACCUGGACCUGAGCAAGUUCUGCAUUGGUCAGAAAGAGGAGCAACUGCCCAGCUAUGACCUGUAUGCUGUCAUUAACCACUACGGAGGCAUGAUUGGUGGCCAUUACACGGCCUGUGCACGUUUACCUAACGAUCGCAGUAGCCAGCGCAGUGACGUAGGCUGGCGCUUGUUUGAUGACAGCACUGUGACAACGGUAGACGAGAGCCAGGUCGUGACCCGUUAUGCCUAUGUACUCUUCUACCGCCGACGGAACUCUCCUGUGGAGAGGCCCCCCAGGGCAGGUCACUCUGAGCAUCACCCAGACCUAGACCCUGCAGCCGAGGCUGCUGCCAGCCAGGCUUCCCGGAUUUGGCAGGAACUCGAGGCCGAGGAGGAGCUGGUGCCUGAAGGGCCUGGGCCUAUGGGUCCCUGGGGACCCCAAGACUGGGUGGGUCCCCCACCACGUGGCCCUACCACACCAGACGAGGGCUGUCUUCGGUACUUUGUCCUUGGCACUGUGGCUGCUUUGGUGGCUCUUGUGCUCAACGUGUUCUAUCCUCUGGUAUCUCAGAGUCGCUGGAGAUGAGCUCACCUGCAGGCAGCUCCUAGGAGCUGGCCUACCUGUCUGCCCGCCAAGCAGUGCUUUGUGGUGGAGAACAGCACUGAGCUUUCGGCCUCAGUGUGUACAUCUGGUGGGAGAUGUUGGGGACUGUGGCCUCUGAAGGGGCAGAGUAUCCUAGGGUGGGUAUCCACCUAGCUGUCCGUCUGCUCCUUCUGCUGCACUUACCCUUGGCCUGGAGCUUGGUGCUACCCAAGCUACUUCCUGUAUUUAAAUCCUUAAUAAAGCAAAGCUAUUCAGGCCUGA